GAUCAACCAGUGUUUGUACUCAAGGUAAACCGUCAUGGUGUAGUUUAACAAAAUACUUUUUCUGAGUCAACCAGGAGGAGUCAUUAACUGGUUUAUCUGCAUUUCCCCGAGUCAACCUGUGACCAGACACAAAGACCUCUGACCUCUGAACCAGGCCUAGAGCCAAGCACACAGAUGUGUGUAUUGUCCGGCGAGCAGCAGUGCCUCGUGUUCACUUCAGCUAAUGAUGUGUGUGUGGGUGUGCAUUCACCGUUUACACACAUUACUGUAGAUUCCAGCCCUCCACGUUCACAUAAACACACUUUACUGGAGCAGACACACUGUAAGUGCCACUGCCUGUUCUUUCUGUGGUUUAUAAGACUGAGUGACAGAUGGAUCUGGAGUUUGUCUCAUUUGUUACGAAUGUGACCCGUGAUUGUGUGCAAUAGAGCAAGACGGUGUACGUGAGUUAUGUGUUUAUAUCCUGUUCUGCUGAGCAAAGGUCACCUUUCAAGACAGCAGCGCUGCUUUGUGUUUGAUUUGUAGUCUAGUGCUUUCUUAGAAGCAUAUGUUCAUAUCUUUUCUUUUUUACUUGAGAAUCAUGCUUAGAUGGCUAAAAGGCUUUCUCAUACGUAAAACGUUUAAUAUGCACGUUUUCUUUUCCAAUAGAUUGCAAUAUCUACAAACAAACUGCAACGGGCAGUGGAGCAGGUGGGCAGGCGACUGGACGUCUCACCUCCAGACGCAGGUAGACAGGGGUGUGUCUGUUUGCAUUUGACUCAGUGUUUCACAGAAAACAAGGGACAUGGCAGAAAAAAUGAGUCAAUGUUGAGUUAAUGCUGUGUUGACGAGGUCAACGCGCUUUGUUUGGGCAGUAUAGUGACUUCUUAAUAUGCGAUUUUCGUGCUAGCUUCAAGAAAAGGCCUGUCUUCAGAGAACUGAUUGCUGAUAUGGUGGAAAUAGCACUGGAGCUGUGACUUUGGUGCCCUGAAUGAAUCAUUUCAGGGUCUGUGGGUCACGAUCUGUGAGUAUUUAAUGCAGAAAUGCAGUCCACAGGGCAGGAGGAAGAAGACCGCUGUAACUUUCUGUUCAAGAUCAUCCUGAUUGGUGACAGUAAUGUUGGAAAGACCUGCGUGAUCCACAGCUUCAAGUCUGGGCUCUUCAGUGACAGCCAGCACAACACUAUUGGAGUGGACUUCACCGUUCGCACGAUAGACAUCGAUGGCAAGAGGGUGAAGAUGCAAGUCUGGGACACGGCAGGACAGGAGCGUUUCCGCACCAUCACACAGAGUUACUACCGAAGCGCUCACGGCGCCAUGAUCGUGUACGAUCUGACCCGACGGCCCACCUUCGAGUCUCUGCCGCACUGGAUCCAGGGUGUGGAGCAAUAUGGGGCCGCCAACGUGGUCUUCGUUCUGAUAGGUAAUAAGUGUGACCUGGAGGCGCAGCGGCAGGUGCUGUUUGAGGACGCAUGCACGCUAGCGGAGCGGACAGGUGCACUGGCGGCGCUCGAGACCUCGGCCAAACAGCAUCACAACAUCGAGGAAGCGUUCGAACUGAUGGCACGGGAACUCAUAGAGCGACACGGAGGAAUAGUCCAUCAGGACAGCCAAUCAGAUUCACCGACUGUUUUCCUGCACUCAGACUCUCAUCCAGUAGAUGAAGGAGAACAUCUGGAGAAGAGGUCAUGUGACUGCUGACUGGCAAGCGACAGAUUUCAAAAUUUUGGAAUCUUCCAUUUUGGAAGGCUUCCGAUGUAAUUCACUUCAAGUUAUUUUAAGUUAUGCUGGUCGAAGUGCUAUUUGGUUAUCAUAUUAUUUUAAUUUAUAAUCAUAAACAUACUGUUUUGUUGCUCAAACAGCUUUACCGUUUACCACACUUUGUUAUUCCUGUAGUUAUUUAUCCAUAGCGGCUAAUAAAUAGGAAAUUCUGCAUAUUGCACACUAUAAUUACUAUAAAGCUGUCAUAUAUUUCAGUUUAUCUCAAUCUUACAAAUGUCCGUUACAAUUAAGAAAUCUUUAAUAUACACUGUGUCUACACUUUGUUUA